ACCCGGGAGGAGCCCGGCGGACGGAACCGGCAGGGUUUCCCCUGACGCCGUGAGUGGGUCCGCCCGCCCCGCCUCCCCCACCUCCCGGAAUGGUAGCCCGACGGCUGCGGGCCGAUGGCGUGGCUGCGCUGAGCGGCGCGAGUGGCUGCCGAGCCCCGCUGGCCGGCAUGGCGGGCCAGUUUCGCAGCUACGUGUGGGAUCCAUUGCUGAUCCUGUCGCAGAUCGUGCUCAUGCAGACGGUGUACUACGGCUCGCUGGGCCUGUGGCUAGCGCUGGUGGACGCGCUGAUGCGCAGCAGCCCUUCGCUGGACCAGAUGUUCGACGCGGAGAUCCUGGGCUUUUCCACCCCUCCAGGCCGGCUCUCAAUGAUGUCCUUCGUCCUCAACGCCCUUACCUGUGCCCUGGGCUUGCUGUACUUCAUCCGGCGAGGGAAGCAGUGUCUGGAUUUCACUGUGACUGUCCAUUUCUUUCACCUCCUGGGCUGUUGGCUCUACAGCUCCCGCUUCCCCUCGGCGCUGACCUGGUGGCUGGUCCAGGCUGUGUGCAUUGCACUCAUGGCCGUCAUCGGGGAAUACCUGUGCAUGCGGACGCAACUCAAGGAGAUCCCCCUCAGCUCAGCCCCUAAAUCCAGUGUCUAGAGUUGAGCCCUUCGGAUACUCUGCUGGCAUCUGGGCCCCCUGUCACCUUGGGCUGCUCAGACCUCCAGAUGGGGUCCAGCCCAAGUCGGAGAGGAACCCUGGAAAUGUGAAGUCUGUUGGAGAGAUAGUGAGGUCCUGUCACAAAGGCAGGUAGCAGUCAUGAUCACAGCUGCAAGAAUGGCCUCUGCCUGCUGGAGCUUUGAUAUCUGGAAGCCAGGACGGGGACCUCAUAGAGGGUGGUAACAGAUUUGGAACCAUGUCAACUCUUGAGCCAUCAUACCGUCACCAGCCUGUUAUUUUUAAAAAGGAAAAAAAAAAAAAAAUCAAGGAUAUCUGAUUGGCGCAAAUACUCUUCUGGUUGCCUGUCUUGCCCUUUGGGACAGCUGGUACCUUUGCCCCGUUGCCAAAUCACAGUGGUUCUGUGAGGAGGAAUAUUUGACUUCUGGGUUCGUAGCCACAAAAGAGGUGUAGGUGCAAAGUACUACUAGGCCACUGUCAGAGGACGAAGGAUGAGGCUCAAGCACAAGAGCAAUGCACAGCCUGUGCCCCGUUAGACACAUACAGAAGUGUGUUUGUGUGUCCGAGAACCUCUGUAUGGACUCUACCCUGCUGCCAGCUCGCAACACAGUGGGCCGCAGGACCCAGAGAAGAUCCCAGCACCCCUUUCCCGCAGCCUUAGCUUCAUAAUAAAAGCCACGGUCUGCUCUCUAGGAAUGACCAGGCCCCAGCUCCCACUGGACCUCAGUUGUGGCAAGAGUU